CAUAAACACAUUAAUUCAGAAUAUCUGAAAAAAAUUGAUUAAAAAUUUGUUUUACUGAUGAAGUGAUGAUAGUCUAUAAAACAAUUUCGGACCGAAAGCACUAACAUGCUCUUUAUCUCGUAGUUGUGGAAAGUUUGAAAUAAUUAAAUUAAAAAUGUCAAGUUUAAAAUGUGUCUUGCUUUUAGCAAUAUAUUUUCUAGGAUCGGUUGUGUCUUCACCAAUUUUGCCUGAAUUUCUUAAUAAAUCUUCCAUUAAUUUAGAUGUUGAUCAACAGUUAUCUAAUUCAAAUCUAUUACCUGAUUCGAAUUCAAUUAAUAAUCUCCGGCUUGGAAUUCGAGCAAAACAAUCAAAAUUAAUGCAAAGCUUUAUGAAUACUUCAAUAGAUCCAUGUGAUAACUUUUAUGAUUAUGCUUGCGGUAAUUGGGAAAAACACAAUCCAAUACCAAAAGAUAAAUGGAGAUAUUCUACAACACAAUUACUACAAAGUAAUCUUCAAUUACAACUAAAAGAAUUACUUUCUGAGCCUAUUGAUGAAGAUGAGAGACCACUAAGUGCAAUAAAUAAAGCUAAGUUGUACUACAAAAACUGUCUGGAUCAAGAAACAACAAAUCAAAAAGGAGUUGAAUCGCUUUUAAAACUUAUCGAAGGAAUUGGUGGAUGGCCUGUUUUAGAAACAAAUUGGACUGAUAAAGAAUUCGAUUGGGUGCAGCUUUCAAUUGAUACAGCUUUUGUUGGAAAUGGCAUCAUGAUUGCAUUUGAUGUUGUAAAAAAUCCAACAGUUCCGACAGAAAAUACAAUGUUUUUGAAACAAACGACUUUGGGAAUGGUCAAUCGUGAUAAUUAUAUGAAGAAGGAGAAUUCAAAGAGUCUUGAAGCUUAUAGAAAAUUUGUGAAAAAGGUCCUUCAAUUACUAAAUGUUAAUGACGAAAAAGCCCAAGAAGCUUCAGAUGAUAUUGUGAAUUUUGAGGUAUUACUCGCUAACGCAACUCUUCCCAUGGAAGCAACAAAAACUUUAAACUUUUAUCAACUAAAUAUAACCCAACUGAGCAAAUCCUUUUCAUACAUUGAUUGGCAAAAAUAUCUCUCAGGAGUGCAAGGAACCAAAGCUACCAUGAAUCAAACAAUUGUAAUGCAACUUGGCAUAAAAUAUUUCGAAAAUCUUUACUAUUUGCUAACAAAAACCAAAACUACAACUUUGGCAAAUUACAUGAUCUGGCGGUUAGUUCUCUUUGAGAUUAUCAAUCUCGGAGAAAGUUUUCGAGCGGCUUUGGAUGAGUUCACAAGUUCCAUCACAGGUCAGGCAGAACCGGCUCCUUUAUGGAAAAUUUGUGUUAAUCAAGUUAAUGCUGGAAUGGGCAUGGCAACAUCUGGAAUGUAUAUCAAGAAAUAUUUCGAUGAGUUCAGCAAAAACGAAACUCUCAGAUUAAUAAACUCGCUGAAAGAAAUUUUCAAUGACAAUCUUGUUGAACUCGAUUGGAUAGAUUCACAGACAAAAGCCUACGCUAAGGAUAAGGCCAAUGCAAUGAGGGUUGCCGCUGGUUAUCCUGAUUACAUUCGAUCAGAAGAAUCUCUUAAUAAAUUGUAUAAGGAAGUGGAAAUUGUGUCAGGAAAGCACUUUGAAAAUUCCUUAUCUAUGACAAAACAUAAUUGGCGAAAAAGUCGAGAUCGUCUAUUCAAACCAUACGAUCGUGAUCAAUGGACUCUUCCACCAACAAUUGUCAAUGCUCUGUAUAAUUUUGGAGCUAAUCGAAUUUUAAUUCUAGCUAGUAUUUUACAACCUCCAAUCUUCCAUCGAGAUCAUCCACAAUCGUUGAAUUAUGGUGCCAUUGGAAUGUUUAUGGGUCACGAGAUUAUCCAUGGUUUCGAUGAUAUUGGCAGGAAUUUUGAUUCGGAGGGGAACACAUUCGAAUGGUGGAGUCCAAAGGCUAUAGUUCACUUUAAGGAAAAACAAAAAUGUUUUCUAAAACAAUAUGAAAAUUUUUCGAAAGAAGAUCAAAGUUUUAAGAGUAUUGCAACAAUAAGUGAGAAUUUGGCUGAUAAUGGUGGACUGAGAUUAGCAUACAAGGCUUAUUCAAAGAUAAAACAACAGAUGGAUCCAUCGACGUUAAAGGAUGAAACUUUUCCAGAUAUGACAUUCAAUGAGGAUCAGUUAUUUUUCUUGAGUUUUGCUCAAACUUUUUGUGCAGCAACAAGACCCGAGGCUUUGAUUGAAUCGAAAAGUUAUGAAGCGCAUAGUCCGGAAAAGUAUCGCAUAUUAGGUGCAUUGAUGAAUUUUGAAAAAUUUUCUGAAACUUUCCAAUGUCCUGUUGGUAGUCGAUUUAAUCCUAGCGAAAAAUGUAGAUUAUGGUAAAAAAAAGGUGUGAUUUUUCAAGAAUUUAAAUAAAGUUGAAAAGAAAAAUUCGUCGGUCAA